CCUCUGAAAUACGCGCCGGGGUCUGCUGGAGCAUCCAGACUCGUAUUUUCUUCAGCAGUGUUCUGGUGGGGUUUCGCUCUGUGUUUACUACAAGUAGGGUUUACAAGUUAUGAACUUUAUAUGACAUGCAUGGGCAAUUCCUUACCAAUAUUCCCUAAGUCAGAGCCCAGCAUCUCUGUUCUUGCUGAAACUCUGGCCGUUGGGAGUACCAUACUGACGGGACUCGUGGUGUUCACCAGCUACGCCCUUAAGUACCCUAAGUUUCUGGAAGUCUGCACCACUCUAGAGAAGAUCGACCACGACUUGCAACUUGGAACACCCGAGACUUGCACAACAGUGAACUUGCCGAUAGUCGUCCUUUCCACGGCUACUACAAUAAUAAUACAAGAAGCAAACAUUUACAUGUACUUGGAAGCUGAUCCUGAACUCUUCGUCAGAACUGUUAUGGCAAACGUCCUUUUCGUUGUUGUAUUCUGCGGACAAGUUGGUCUGUUAAUCCAUUUCCAACAAGUUGCCUACGGCAUCACCAGAAGGUUCAGGCUCGUCAAUGACAGGAUCAGAUUGGAAGUGCUCACCCGAUGCUUAGGACCUACUGUUCACCAGAACCCGCAAUGUGUGCGCAUCAGGCAGGAUCGUCUCUCCGGAAAGAAGGUAAAUUCCCUCAUGAGUGCCUACCAUCUCUUAUGCGACACCGUUUACCAAGCCAACGACUUCUACGGUUACCUCCUACUAACCUCGAUAUAUUAUACAUUUAUCAACAUAACUCAAUCUUUAUACUUCUUCUUGGUCAGUAUUGGCGAGACAGACGCGAUGAACACCUGCACUAUCGCAUCUGCCAUCUUCUACUUCGUCACCUUCCUGGUGCUGGUCGCUGUCUCAAGCGCUGCUGUCUCAGAGGCUGCCGGCGACACUGCUCCUCUCAUCCGCCAACUCAUGAACCUGGACUUGGGCUCAGAGCUAAGAGAAGAGUUGAGGUCGUUUUUGCUACAGUUGGCCUAUACACCCGUGGAAUUCUCUGCAGCAGGAUUUUUCCAGAUCAAUAGACAAACUUUGACAUCAAUAACAGCAGCAGUGACUACCUACCUGGUGAUUAUGAUUCAAUUUAGGACCCAAUCCAACUAGUCAAUCUAGGUGUUUCAUGGUACAGUGUUUCUUUUAAUAUUGUCCUAUUCAUAUGGAAUGUAAAAUUUAGUAUAAUGACGCCUGUAUAAACUAAUGUCAGAAAUGUGUAUUCACUUGAUUUUGUUACAGAAUAACA